UCACCAAACACCUGUCACGUUGACAAAACAAAAACAAAGAAAAUUGUUGAUUAUUAAGUAAUGGCAUCUGCAAGCAGCACGAGUGCGAGGUCCCUGUUCACAGACUCGAAGAUGCGUCUGGCUGAUCGAGUGCAAGUCAACGUGAAUAAUAUUUCUUCGCUAGCGCGACAAAUCACCCGAGGUUCGAAAAGUAGUGAGAUUUUGAUGCAUUCCGCCCGCAAUUUUGCCGUGCAGGAGCACCUGAUGGAAAAUAGCGAAAGCAAUUUGAAAAAAAUGCAGCUGCUGUGUGUCCACUUGGGGUACCAACAUGACUCCAUGCUCAAAUCAGCCCAACAGAUUGAAGAAGUCAAAGAGCAAGUGUGUGCUAUGCAGAGAUAA